AUGGCUGAUUCAAAUUCAACAAUUCCAGUAAUAGAGUUUGAUAAUAUUGGUGUGCACAGACAGAGUAAAAGUGUUGGCAAGAAUGAAAUUAAACAUGUAGGUAAUCUUAUGAAAGAAGCAUUUACCGAUGUUGGAUUUUGCUAUUUGAAAAAUCAUGGAAUCGAACAAGAUAUGGUUGAUAAAUAUAUGGAUAUAUCGAGAGAGUUCUUUGAACAGCCAGAGAAAGAAAAGACUAAACAUGUUCGCAAAAAAGAUCAAAACUUUGGUUGGGUUGGUGUUGAAACGGAGAAAUUAAACCAAGAAAGACCAGGCGAUUUGAAGGAGGCAUUUAACUUCCACCCGGCGGAUGACCCGAACGAUUGGCCGUCGGUGACAUUUCAACAAGCCAGCAGGGAUAUGUUUUUGAAAUGUACUGAACUUUCCUAUAGGGUGUUAGAUGUACUGUCCGUUGGCUUAGGUCUUGGAGAUGACUUUAUGAGAAACGCACAUAAGGAUAUUGGUACUAAAGACAAUCCUACCACGCUUCGUAGUGCUUACUAUCCACCUAUACCAUCUAAUUUAGACAUAAAGUCGGGCCAGAUCCGCCUUGGAGAACAUACUGACUGGGGAACAAUAACGCUUUUAUUUCAAGACGAUAUUGGCGGCCUCGAGGUAGAAAUACCAGGUAAAGGGUUUGUUCCAGUAACUCCAAUUCCUGGAACGAUUGUGGUAAAUACUGGUGAUUUGAUGCAGAGAUGGACAGCGGAUAAACUACUUGCAACGAGACAUAGGGUAGUUUUUCCAAAUAAAGAUGAGAAGAAAAACAAGUCCAGGCAGUCUGCUGUGUUCUUUGUUGAUCCACACAACGAAUAUAUAGUUGAAUGUUUAGACGGGUCCAAGAAGUAUGAGCCUAUUUCAAUUCUGGAAUAUUUGGCCUACAAAUUUAGUUUAACAUACUGA